AUGCGUCGGGGCCUCGACAGAUUGGCUCGACGCAGAAAACUAACGCGGGGACAGACUCCGCCGGCCCUUGACAGGUCUGCGUCGAGCGUACUCCCGAAACCAUCCUCGACGUUCAACGACGGUCCUAGCAUCGAUACUCUUGCACCACGCCCUCUAUCAACCAGCUUUCACCCUCACGACGACCUAGCAGACCUCUGGGAAGAAGCCAUUGAACAGUUCAAGGCUGUCGCAGGUGUGGAUCUGACCGACAAGGACGCUGAACUCCAUCGUCGUCUGGAAGGAUGCACGGACUCCCCUGGGGUCGUCACGGUUCUGAACGAGACGUUGGAGAAGUUCAAGGCUUACCGCGACCCGGCUCCCGACAGUUCUGGCGCGAAGCUUCGACGCGUUCUGCGCCGUACAGUCAGAACUGUGCUUCGGGCUGGGGUGGUGGAUGCGAGCGGGGAAGCUUCGGCUGCCAUGGCCAUACCCGGCGGGAAGGCUAUCUUUGUCGCUAUGGGUGUUCUUCUACAGGCUACUCAAGGAGUGAGCGACCGCUUCGAUGCUGUGAUACUUCUUCUCCAAAAGUUCGAGGCGUACAUGACGCGGCUCGACGUGCGGCUGCAGGCGCCUCUCGUUCAAGCUACUCGCAGUCACACUGUCAAGAUUCUCAUCGAGAUGUUGGGUGCCUUCGCCAUCGCCAUUGAUAUGAUGCGACGACACCGUAUCAAGCACUUCAUCUCGGUACUUACUGGUGGAGGCCAAGAUGUAAGCGGCGCGCUUCAGCGGCUUGAGACCCUUCAAGCAGAGGACACUCGCCUUAGCCUGGCCGAGCUGCAUCUCGGUGUCCACUCGCUCUCAUUGUCUGUGCACACUGAGGCGGCCCGAGCGAAGGCCGACGUUGUCCAGCGCAUCGAAAGGGCAACAUCAGAAGUCACGACUCGCAUCUCCGCAGAUCUUCAAGCAUCGAAGAUCUUCGAACUGUCCCAUAAACUCGACGACUUCACUGCCAGUUGGGCAGAAUGGAAACGCGACAGCCUCGCUAAGACCAACACCACCUCAGGCAGUCCGCCGGCUUCCAUCAGCGGGCUUAUCGGCAAGUUAUUGGAGGCUUUUCGCGACUUACCGCCCUCCGAGCAAACCGUCAUGCGAGAUGCGGUCGCCAUCAUAUAUUCCCUUGCGGCCUAUGCUGCUGGAGGUAACUCGGAUACUGCCUGGUAUGCGGCGAUCCUGAACCCCGUGGCGUUCGUCUCCGCCUUCCUUCCGAUGGCGGCGGCCUAUAUCGGCUUAUACAUCUGCUGGCGCCAAAUGCGUGCUCUGCAAUCCCCGACUGUCCCACCCUCUCCCAACGAACUGCGGUUGAACACAGUCGUGUUGAUCGAUGUCCUGGGCGCCCAUCUCGUCCUGUCCCUGGAUAGAUGUUCAUCAUGGGCGGAUAUUCACAGCCUUCUUCUGAGCCACUUCGCGGACAAGGAUGGUGUGGAAUACGUGCGAUCUCACGCGUAUGUCAUCAUGGACACCGCGGGACAGUCGGAGAUCGUCAGCCCGAAGUUAUGGGCGCUAACCGUGAGAGCGGGUAUGACGCUGGAAAUGGGCAUCGUAGUCCGACAACCUUCCAAUCUGCUUCGAUGCCCCUGGUGCGAGUCAGUCGCUCAAGGAGCAUCCGAUUCCGAAGACGAUGUACUCAAAUGCCGUGGCUGUAAACGAUACUUCAGAGCGUCUACAGCAAUUCCCACCAAACCGGACGAAUCAUACGAACAGCUCAGUGAACGUCGUGGCGAGGACGCCUCGUCUGUACCUACCUCUCAUGAGAGUUCUGCGGGCGCGGAGGUUGCCGAUCCCGACCUUGACACCAUACCCGACGAUGGUCAAGUCCGCCGGUCAGUGAAUACUAUGGCGCUGUACCGAAGGAUCGUUGUCGAACUACUGGACCAUGACGCGCAGAGUGAGUCCGCUGAAACACAAGAACCUUCACAAGAGCCAUCCAAUUCUGUGGACUAUCGUAACAUCCUCCUAGCGCUGGUCAACAAUAUCGGACAACCUCUACAGCGACAACUACUUGCGCAGCUUAGAGCUAAACUACCAAGUACCCCGCAGCAGGAACUCCUCGCGCUCGCGCACGAGACCCGUCUUCUCAUAUCUGAACUCAAGAAUGGCUCGGAGAAUGGCUUCCACGAUGAUAGCACAUCCACGAAGGAAUAUAAGAUGCAACUGCACCAGGCGAAGCUGUCUCUGUUGACCGAUUUCGAACACAGUUUUCAAGUGGAGGUUGAGAGGCGCGGCGUUCUUUUGGGUAGCACAGUGGGGUCCUCCGCCGCGCGCAGAGGUUAG